CCCGACUUCAACUUGUUCCACGACGCGCCUCCUAAACAAUACCCAACAUUCAGACGCCAUUAAUUUGGUCAUGGCCGAGAACUGGAUACCGCCAACGCGCGAAAACUGGGAGCUGGUGGUCUAUUGCUUCCAGUUCUUCCCCUUGGUCACGAUAUUCCAAUGGGUUCAGCCAUGGUAUGGAGCGGGCAAGACGUCUGGCAAUAGCCGGCUAAACCUGCCCGGCCGGUGGGCGUGGAUCACCAUGGAGAUCCCAGGUUUCCUGACCCUGCUUUACGUCAUGAACACGCUCCCCGCCCAGCUGGGUAUCGCACAGCUUCCGUGGGAGAACAAAGUCCUGGGCGCGCUCUUCGUUAUCCACUAUCUCUACCGCGCCAUUCUCGCGCCCCUGAUCGCCCCCUCCAUGUCUCCCAUUCACCUUAUAGUCUGGGCAAGCGCCGUCUUCUUCCAAAUCAUCAACGGGCUCUCCAUUGGUUCCUGGCUAGCAGGCUACGGCAUCCCUGGUCAUUUUGAUGGGCAAGAUCGCAUGGACGGCAAAACCAGGGCGCGCAUGCUGCUAGGCAUGGCAAUUUGGGUGCUGGGCUUCGCUGGCAAUAUAUGGCACGACGACGAGCUGCGAGAGAUCCGUAGAGCGGUGAUGCGGAAACAUAAGAAGGAAACAGAGACCACUGGGAAGAGUAGAGGUGUCGGUAAGGUCUAUAUGAUCCCGCAGAAUGGCCUGUUUAGGUGGAUUUUCUACCCGCAUUACUUGCUCGAGUGGGUUGAGUGGGCUGGUUUCUGGCUUAUGGCGGGUGUGGACUGCGUGCCCGCGAGGAACUUCUUGUUGAAUGAGAUUACGACGAUGUUGCCGAGAGCGGUGCAGGGAAAGAGGUGGUACGUGGAGAGGUUUGGGGAGGAGAAGGUUGGUGGUAGGAAAGCGAUCAUUCCGGGGUUCUUAUAAAAGUGCAUUGGAUUAUUGAUGGAAGAGCAUUUUGAUAACUUCUAGAAGAAGGACGCGGUGAAGGAGCCGAAAAUACCCAAAUUUUGUUCGUUAAUAUUAAGGGUGGAUUCGAGAAAUAGAUUUUAAUGUGUAUUUGAAGGCCUCGGGGCUCUCCAGUCAUGACCCGCUUCAAGCCAAGAUGAUAGAUUGCAC